AUGUCGAAAAUAUUUUAUGCCAAGGAAGAACGCGUUUUGCUUCAUUAUAAUGGUCAUGGUGUUCCAAAACCAACUGCGAGCGGAGAGAUUUGGUGUUUUAACAAGCAUUUUACACAAUAUAUUCCUGUAUCCUUAGGCGAUUUACAAUCGUGGCUCGGUUCUCCAUGUAUUUAUGUUUUUGAUUGUUCAGCUGCUGGCAAUAUUUUAGAGAGCUUCAAACGUUUUUCUGAACAACGUUAUUUGGAAAAUAAUAGGCCAGAAUCUAGCGCUCCUUUAAAUAUUCAAUUAGCUGCUUGUGGUCCUAACGAAACUUUACCUAUGCAUCCUCAUUUACCAGCUGAUUUAUUCACAUCUUGUCUAACUUCUCCAAUCGAAAUUGCUUUAAGAUGGUUCGUUUUGCAAAAUCCAUUACCAUCAUAUCUCACCGUUGAUAUGGUAAUGAAACUUCCAGGGAGAUUACAAGAUCGGCGUACACCUUUGGGUGAAUUAAAUUGGAUUUUUACUGCAAUUACCGAUACCAUAGCUUGGAAUGUUCUACCACGUGAUUUAUUCAAACAAUUAUUCCGCCAAGAUCUUAUGGUAGCUGCUCUAUUCAGAAAUUUUCUACUAGCGGAAAGGAUAAUGAGGCGUUAUCAAUGUAAGCCCAUGUCACAUCCAGAAUUACCACCAACUCAUGAUCAUCCAAUGUGGGAUUCAUGGGAUCUGGCUGUCGAUAUGUGUUUAGCUCAAUUACCAUCAUUAUUAAGCGCUGAAAAUGGUGGUACAGAAGUCGAAUAUAAACAUUCGACAUUUUUUGAUGAACAAUUGACUGCGUUCCAAGUAUGGUUGUCGAAAGGAUCUGUGUCUCAAAAACCACCAGAACAAUUACCCAUUGUACUACAGGUGCUUCUUAGUCAGGUGCAUCGGUCUCGUGCCUUGGGAUUAUUAAGUAAAUAUUUAGAUUUAGGUCCUCGUGCAGUUAGUUUGGCAUUAUCUAUAGGAAUAUUUCCUUACGUUCUUAAGUUAUUACAAAGUCCUGCUGCAGAUUUGAAACCACCAUUAGUAUUUAUAUGGGCUAGAAUAUUGGCAGUUGAUAGGUCAUGUCAACAAGACUUAUUAAAGGAACAUGGUUACAACUAUUUUGUGAAUAUACUUUCUCCGAAUAGCAUGCUUAACAUUCCGAAUGAAGCUGAACACCGAGCAAUGUGUGCAUUCAUUUUGGCAAUCUUCUGCACUAAUUUUAACCAAGGACAAGUUGCAUGUAAAAAAGCUUUAGUUUUACAGGCUUGUUUAGCACGAAUUGGAGAUGUUGAUGCUCUUUUACGGCAAUGGGCAUGUCUUUGUAUAGGCCAAUAUUGGACAAAUUAUGCAGAUGCUAAGAGUGAGGGUAUCGAGAAUCAAGCUCAUUUGAAGCUUUUUGGACUUUUGAAUGAUCCUGUCCCCGAAGUUCGUGCUUCAGCUCUCUAUGCUCUGGGCACCUUUAUUGGUGACUUGGAACGUACAGAACAAAUAGUCAAUAUUGAACAUAAUAUUGCCAUAAAUGCCCUUGAUGCUAAUAAUGAUGCUUCCCCUCUUGUUAGAAGGGAACUAGUUAUAGCACUCUCCUACAUAGUGAAUGCAUAUUCAGAACAUUUUAUACGUGUUGCUUAUGAAGAAUUGCAAGAAAUUCAUCGGCGCGUUGUCGCAACACGACAACGUCCUAGGGAAAGUCGACCUAGCUCCGUGUACACUUGCGUUUGGAAAGCAUUACUUAAUCUUUCAGCAGACCCAGAUGCGGAGGUUGCACAACUUGCAGCAACAGUUGUUGAUGCUAUAAAUACUCAAUUAUUAGAAUCUUCACAUAUUGAGAAUGUUACAAUCGCAUUACGGCAGGUGCUCCAAGAACAAGGUACACAAGAUACAGAAUCUUUUAGGGCAUCAUUAAAUAAGCAACCAUCAUAUGAUGAUAUACUACCAUUAAAAUCGAAAUUCUUUGAUUGGAGUUGCGAAUAUUUCAGAGAGCCACAAAUGAAGCCCGCUGAAUCCGAGCAAUCGGGUAGCAUCGAUGAUAAUGUGCGGUCAUGGCGUCGCAAAAGAAAUGAAAACAUAAUUAAAUCAACACAACCGCUUAAAGAAGUUGCUGGUUCUAGCCGAUGGAAUAAACAGAUUGGUAUAUUUAAUAAUGAAUCUGAGCCAUCAAAAUUAUUAUUUCAUCAAUUUGAACCUCAUCUUGUUGUAUCCAAUGAUAAGGAUAAUAUAAGUAUAUGGAAUUGGAAGGAGCAUUACCGUAUGCAUUCUUUUUCAAACGGAAACCCAACAGGAAGUAAAAUUACCACAUUAAAAUUCAUAAAUGAAGACGAAAUAUCGAUGUUACUCACUGGCUCAAGUGAUGGUAUCGUUCGUGUGUAUCGUAACUAUGAUUCACCAACAUCGUCAGAAAUAGUGACAUCAUGGCGUGCAAUGCCUGAAAUAUUACCGAACAGCCAAAGAAGUGGCCUUAUUGCUGAAUGGCAGCAAUCUCGAGGGACUUUAUUAGUUGGUGGUGAUGUUCGAGUAAUCAGAGUAUGGGAUGCACUACGUGAAAUCACAGUUAGUGUUAUACCUGCUCGAUCAGGAAGUUCUAUCACUAGUCUUACUAGUGAUGGUGAUCUUUUUGUAGCUGGUUUUGCAGAUGGUGCAAUUCGUAUAUUUGACAUACGUAUCCAACCUAUAGAUGCCAUGAUAUUAUCUAAUAAAGAACAUAAAAAUUCUAUAACGAACGUCGUAUGGCAGAAAGGCGCAGGACAUGAGUUAGUGUCCGGGAGUAAAUCUGGAGAGAUAAAAAUAUGGGAUAUUCGACAUAAUCGUUCAAAACGUACUAUAUCUAAUGAACCCAACUCUUGUGAAAUGAAUGCAAUGGAUGUUCACCAAUACGCAGAUGUUAUAGCAAG